AUGGCCACCGCCGCCGCCGCCUGCCCUCUCCUGCUCCUCGCCGCGCUACUCCUCGGGGCGGCCGCCACCACGAGCGUGCUCACCGACGACGUCCUCGCACUGGUGGUCUUCAAGACGGACGUCUCGGACCCGUCGGGCCGCCUCGCGACGUGGACCGAGGACGACGAUCGCUCCUGCUCCUGGCCGGCCGUUGGCUGCGACGCGCGCACGGGCCGCGUCACCUCGCUCUCGCUCCCAGAGGCGUCGCUCUCGGGCCGCCUCCCGCGCGCGCUCCUCCGCCUCGACGCGCUCCUCUCCCUCGCACUCCCGCGCAACAACCUCUCCGGCCCCGUGCUCCCCAACCUCCUAACCGCGCUCCCUCGGCUCCGCUCCCUCGACCUCUCCUCCAACCGCCUCGCCGCGCCCGUCCCCGCCCAGCUCUUCGCCCAAUGCCGCGCCGUCCGCUCCAUCUCCCUCGCGCACAACCAGCUCUCGGGCUACAUCCCGCCCGCCGUCGCGUCCUGCGCAUCGCUCGUGUCCCUCAACCUCUCGUCCAACCGCCUCGCCGGCCCCAUCCCUGACGGGCUCUGGUCGCUGCCUUCGCUCCGGUCUCUCGACCUCUCCGGCAACGAGCUCUCCGGGAGUGUGCCUGGUGGAUUCCCCCGGACCAGCUCGCUGCGGGAGGUGGAUUUGAGCCGAAACCUCCUCGCCGGGGAGAUACCGGCGGAUGUCGGCGAGGCGGCGCUGCUGAAGUCACUGGAUUUGGGGCAUAACUUGUUCACUGGCGGCUUGCCGGAAUCGCUCCGGAGGCUGACCGGCCUGCGGUUCCUCGGCGCCGGCGGCAAUGCGCUUGCAGGUGAGCUGCCGGAGUGGAUCGGGGAAAUGUGGGCGCUGGAGCGCCUUGAUUUCUCGGGCAACCGAUUUGCCGGCGACAUUCCCUACACCAUCGCCAACUGCAAGAACCUUGUGGAGGUCGACCUAAGCCGAAAUGCGCUCACCGGCGAUCUUCCCUGGUGGGUGUUCGGCCUACCGCUGCAGCGCGUCUCGGUGGCAGGCAACCAGCUGAAUGGGUGGGUGAAGGUGCCCGACGACGCAGCAAUGGCGCUUCGUGUGCUGGACCUGUCGAGCAACGCGUUCUCCGGCGAGAUCCCGCUGCGGAUCACUGUCUUUGCGGGCUUGCAGUCUCUGAACCUGUCCUCGAAUUCCUUUUCGGGGCAGCUGCCGGCCGGCAUUGGUGGGAUGAGGCUCCUCGAGGUGCUGGACGUGAGCGCUAACCGACUUGAAGGAACCGUGCCGCCGGAGAUCGGCGGUGCGGUGGCGCUCCGGGACCUGCGGAUGGGGAGGAAUUCGCUCACGGGACGCAUCCCGUCGCAGAUUGGGAACUGCAGCUCCCUCGUUGCACUGGAUUUCUCACACAAUAACCUCACGGGGCCAAUUCCUAGCACCAUGGGAAACCUGACAAGUCUCCAAGUGGUCAAUCUCUCUCAGAACAAGCUGAACGGGACCCUACCAGUAGAGCUAUCCAAUCUGCCUAGCCUCCACAUCUUUGACGUCUCCCACAACAUGCUGACAGGGGAUCUGCCAAAUAGCCGCUUCUUCAACAACAUCCCUGAGUCCUUCCUCAUGGACAAUUCUGGUCUGUGUAGCUCACGGAAGAAUGACUCAUGCAGCGCAGUUAUGCCAAAGCCUAUUGUGCUAAACCCAAACUCCUCGUCAAAUCCCUCGUCGCAGGCUACACCUAGUGCCCCUAGCAACAUGCAUCACAAGAAAAUCAUAUUGAGUAUCUCCACCCUCAUUGCCAUAGCCGGUGGGGCAGCCAUUGCUAUCGGAGUGAUCACCAUAUCUGUGCUUAAUCGCCGCGUCCGGGCCCAUGCAGCUGCCCCACGCUCAGCACCUGUUACUGCAUUAUCUGAUGAUUACCUUAGUCAGUCCCCUGAGAAUGAUGCUAGCUCUGGUAAGCUUGUCAUGUUUGGAAAGGGCAGCCCUGAGUUCAGCGCCGGUGGGCAUGCAUUGUUGAACAAAGAUUGUGAGCUUGGACGUGGAGGCUUUGGUGCAGUCUACAAGACAGUGCUCAGAGAUGGAGAGCCGGUAGCCAUCAAGAAGCUUACUGUCUCUAGCUUGGUCAAGUCAAAGGACGAUUUCGAGCGACAAGUGAAGAUGCUUAGCAAGGUGCGGCACCACAAUAUUGUCGCACUCAGAGGUCAUGUAGGCAUUGACUCGAUGCAACGCAAGCCAGGUUUGGUGAUACCUUGGCGUAACUGGAUGACCGGUGUUUUUGACUGUUCUGCUGAUACUCUACGAAUCACCAUGGCAACACUCAGCCUGUUCGAUUGGCUGAUUCGCAUAGUGAACAACUAUUCUUUUCGUGCAAAUGUGAUAAAGGUAUUAUGUAAACAUGCCUCAACGCGUGAGGAGGCUGGCCAGCACCCGCCAGCCCAGCCGAGUCUCGCCGAACAGAGCGCAAAAGGCCUCGACCCUCAAGACCAUCACAGCGCCAGAGGAGUGGUCUCAGCCCUCAAGACAGCACUCAUCACAGCGCUGGCGCGGGCGAGGCUGCCGACCGAGUGGGGAGCACGGGAACUGUGGAGAACGGCUGGAGCACACUUUCCACACGGCAGCACCCGCCAUUUCCGAAUUGCCACAUAG